AACAGCUCCACUCACGCCGGACACAGGGAGCAGCGAGCACGCGAUUCCCGCAACCCGAUCCCCUCGGACAGGAUUUACUCGCGGCAGCCCAACGGGGAGAUCUCUGGAAACAUGGCUACUGAACAUGUUAAUGGGAAUGGUACUGAAGAGCCCAUGGAUACUUCUUGAGUUACCCAUUCUGAGCAUUUCCAGACAUUGCUUGAUGCUGGUUUACCACAGAAAGUUGCUGAAAAACUAGAUGAAAUUUACGUUGCAGCUUUAGUUGCACACAGUGAUCUAGAUGAAAGAGCUAUUGAAGCUUUAAAAGAAUUUAAUGAAGACAGUGCAUUGGCAGUACUUCAACAGUUUAAAGACAGUGAUCUCUCACAUGUUCAGAACAAAAGUGCCUUUUUAUGUGGAGUCAUGAAGACAUAUAGGCAGAGAGAAAAACAGGGAAAAAAAGUGGCCGAUUCUAGCAGAGGACCAGAUGAGGCAAAAAUUAAGGAACUCUUGGAAAGGACAAGCUACACACUUGAUGUGACCACUGGACAGAGGAAAUAUGGAGGACCUCCUCCAGAUUCAGUAUAUUCAGGACAACAGCCUUCUGUUGGCACAGAGAUAUUUGUGGGAAAGAUUCCAAGGGAUCUAUUUGAAGAUGAACUUGUUCCAUUAUUUGAAAAAGCUGGACCUAUUUGGGAUCUGCGCUUAAUGAUGGAUCCCCUGACCGGUCUAAAUAGAGGAUAUGCUUUUGUAACUUUCUGUACAAAAGAAGCAGCUCAAGAGGCUGUUAAACUGUAUGAUAAUCAUGAAAUUCGCUCUGGAAAACACAUUGGAGUUUGCAUCUCAGUUGCAAAUAAUAGACUUUUUGUUGGAUCUAUUCCCAAGAGUAAAACAAAGGAGCAGAUUCUUGAAGAAUUUAGCAAAGUAACAGAGGGCCUUACAGAUGUCAUUUUAUACCACCAACCGGAUGAUAAGAAAAAGAACAGAGGUUUUUGUUUCCUUGAGUAUGAAGAUCACAAAACUGCUGCUCAGGCCAGGCGUAGGUUAAUGAGUGGCAAAGUGAAAGUCUGGGGAAAUGUGGGUACAGUCGAAUGGGCUGACCCUAUAGAAGAUCCAGAUCCUGAAGUCAUGGCAAAGGUGAAAGUGCUGUUUGUACGCAACCUUGCCAAUACUGUAACAGAAGAGAUUUUAGAAAAAGCAUUUAGUCAGUUUGGGAAACUGGAACGAGUGAAGAAACUAAAGGAUUAUGCAUUCAUUCAUUUUGAUGAGAGAGAUGGUGCUGUAAAGGCAAUGGAAGAAAUGAAUGGCAAAGACUUAGAAGGAGAAAAUAUUGAAAUUGUUUUUGCUAAGCCACCAGAUCAAAAAAGGAAAGAACGCAAAGCUCAGAGGCAAGCAGCUAAAAAUCAAAUGUACGAUGAUUACUACUAUUAUGGUCCACCUCACAUGCCCCCUCCAAUGAGAGGUAGAGGCCGUGGAGGUAGAGGUGGUUAUGGAUAUCCUCCAGAUUAUUAUGGAUAUGAAGAUUAUUAUGAUUAUUAUGGAUAUGAUUACCAUAACUGUCGUGGUGGAUAUGAAGAUCCAUACUAUGGUUAUGAAGAUUUUCAAGUUGGAGCUAGAGGAAGGGGUGGUAGAGGAGCAAGGGGUGCUGCUCCAUCCAGAGGUCGCGGGGCUGCUCCUCCCCAUGGCAGAGCCGGUUAUUCACAGAGAGGUGGUCCUGGAUCAGCAAGAGCCAUUCGUGGUGCGAGAGGAGGUGCCCAACAACAAAGAGGACACGGGCAGGGAAAAGGGGUCGAGGCCGGUCCUGACCUGUUACAAUGAAGACUGACUUUCUAUGUGGGAUUACACCAGAAGCUUGCAGUGGAGUAAUGGUAAGGAAAUCAAGCAACCUUAAGUAUCUCGGCUAUAUAGGAGCAUAUUCUAUUGCAGAAGACCUUCCUAUGAAGAUCAUGGAAUCAAAUACGGGACAUUGAACUAAUACUUGGACUUUGAUAUGAAUUUCUUUAACAGUUUUCUCUGCAGCGCAAGUUAUUAAAACUAAAGCUACUCUUAUUUUCCCAAUGUGUUCCAACAAAAUCCCUCAUAACUUCCAGC